AUGACCUCACCUGCAAUUCACCUUUCACCUGGGCAUACAUCCCUUCCAACCUUGGGAAGCCCUUUAAGGCCCUCUCAGAGUGAAGCCUCCCGUUUAAAGAUCAGAAUGUCUAAGGAGCGCGUCAAAACUAUCCAGUUCCCUAAAUUCCUCCUUCCCACCGUGUUUUCCUCGAAAAACAAUGCGGGGCUUUCUCCAACGGACCAUAGAUCCCAAAACGCGAAGACGGAGAAGUAUCUCGACGGUCAUGUUUCCUAUCUGCGCUGUGCAGGCUGUGCCUCACAUCUUUGCUGGACUUCUCAAAUUAUUAGCAAGGGGUUUACAGGUCGCCAUGGCCGUGCCUAUCUUGUGUCGGCAGAGCCAGUAGCCACUGCUGUGUCGGUCAGCGCGUCAUCUUCGCCUACAACCUCACUCCCCAAUACGAUAUUGCAGCGUCCAGUCCCUCGGCAGCUUGUCACAGGGGCACAUACAGUCAGCGAUAUUAGCUGCACAUUCUGUGACAGUGUCUUGGGCUGGAAGUAUGUUGCAGCCGAAGAAGAAUCACAGCGGUACAAGGUUGGCAAGUUCAUUCUGGAGACCAAGAAAAUCGCCACCUCUUCAUGCUGGGAAUCCUCACCUGGUGUGGAUCAAGCCGAUCACCAAUAUGAAGUCGAGUCUGGCCCAGCAAAUACAGAGUUUGACAGCCAGGAUGAAGAUGAGUGCGAGGACCUGUUCGCCGGAAUCUGGAGCCCUGGACUUGCUGCACGUCGAAGAAACCGUGAUAUUAAACGUCGACCUGCAAUGUGGGGAAUCUCAUAG